AUGGCCUGCGAACGACCGGUGGAGAUCGUAUUUGAAGCCGGAAACGGUUUGGAGCUCAGGGAACAGACUGCCCGGAAUGCCGUACCGGAUCUUAUUAUCAUGGACAUUAACAUGCCGGGUAUGAAUGGCUUUGAAAGUGUGCUCUGGCUCAAAGAAACAUUCCCUGAAAUCCCGGUGCUGGUACUUACGAUGAUGGAUAAAGAAGAGUCGAUCAUCAAAAUGCUCAAGCUGGGAGUUAAAGGAUAUUUGAGUAAAGACGUAGAGCCCAAAGAGCUGGGAGAGGCCAUCAGCGCCGUGUCUAACAACGGCUACUAUUACACCGAUUUUAUUACCGGCAAGCUGAUCAGCUCAUUGCUACACUAUGAUGAGCAUGGAAGAAAUAUAGCGCCGUUAAGCGAGCGGGAAACUGAGUUUCUUCGCUUUGCCUGUAGUGAGCAUACCUAUUAUGAGAUCGCAGCCAUGAUGCACCUCAGUCCUAAAACAAUAGAUGGCUACCGGAAAGCAUUGUUUGAAAAGCUGUGUGUAAAGAACAGGGUAGGGCUUGCGUUAUAUGCCGUUAAGCAUGAGAUCGUCAAGCUGUAA